GGUGAUUGGCGGGCGGAGCUGCCGCUCAGGGGCCGGUGCGGCGGGGCUAUUUAAAAGGCGCCGCACGCCGGCGCCCGGCGCGGUCUCCCGUGUGUGAGAACGGGGAAGAGUGAGGCGCAGCGAGUGACACCGGUAGCCAUCGCCUGUAUCAGAUCUACCACGAUGCCUGGGUCUCUUCCGGUGAAUGCUGAAUACCGUUGGCCCAAAGAUGUGGGAAUUGUUGCACUGGAGAUAUAUUUCCCCUCUCAGUACGUUGACCAGACAGAGCUGGAGAAGUAUGAUGGUGUGGAUGCUGGGAAGUACACCAUUGGGCUGGGCCAGUCAAGAAUGGGGUUCUGCUCCGACCGGGAGGAUAUCAAUUCUCUCUGUCUGACUGUGGUUCAGAAGCUGAUGGAGAGGAACAGCCUUUCCUAUGAUUGUAUUGGGAGAUUGGAGGUUGGAACAGAGACGAUAAUUGAUAAAUCAAAAUCUGUGAAGACUGUCCUGAUGCAGCUCUUUGAAGAAUCUGGUAAUACAGAUGUAGAAGGCAUUGACACCACCAAUGCAUGCUAUGGAGGCACUGCUGCUCUUUUUAAUGCCAUUAAUUGGAUCGAGUCCAGUUCUUGGGAUGGACGCUAUGCACUUGUUGUUGCUGGAGACAUAGCUGUGUAUGCCACUGGAAAUGCCAGGCCAACAGGUGGAGCUGGUGCUGUUGCUAUGCUGGUUGGUCCAAAUGCUCCAUUAAUUUUUGAGAGAGGGUUGCGUGGAACCCAUAUGCAACAUGCAUAUGACUUCUAUAAGCCAGAUAUGGUCUCUGAAUAUCCUGUAGUUGAUGGCAAACUCUCUAUACAGUGCUACCUCAGUGCAUUAGAUCGCUGCUAUACUGUUUAUCGCAACAAAAUCCACGCCCAGUGGCAAAAAGAGGGGAUAGGCAGACGUUUCACCUUGAAUGACUUUGGAUUCAUGAUCUUUCAUUCUCCCUACUGUAAACUGGUCCAGAAAUCUGUGGCUAGACUCUUGCUGAAUGACUUUCUCAGUGACCAGAACCCAGAAACAGCAGAUGGUAUUUUCAGUGGGUUGGAGGCUUUCAGGGAUGUAAAACUUGAGGAUACAUAUUUUGACAGAGAUGUGGAAAAAGCUUUCAUGAAAGCCAGUGCAGAGCUCUUCAAUCAGAAAACCAAAGCUUCGUUACUUGUGUCCAAUCAGAAUGGAAAUAUGUACACCCCUUCAGUCUAUGGUUGCCUUGCCUCUCUUCUAGCCCAGUACUCCCCAGAGCAGCUUGCAGGACAGAGAAUCAGUGUGUUUUCAUAUGGCUCUGGGUUUGCUGCUACGCUGUAUUCCAUCAGAGUUACGCAGGAUGCCACUCCUGGCUCUGCACUGGACAAAAUUACUGCCAGUCUGUCCGAUCUCAAAACAAGACUUGACUCAAGAAAAUGUAUUGCACCGGAUGUCUUUGCUGAAAAUAUGAAGAUCAGACAGGAAACGCAUCAUUUGGCCAACUAUAUUCCACAGUGCUCGGUGGAAGAUCUCUUUGAGGGAACUUGGUACCUUGUGCGUGUGGAUGAAAAGCACAGGAGAACAUACGCACGGCGCCCGCUCAUGGGUGAUGGACCGCUGGAGGCAGGUGUUGAAGUUGUCCACCCAGGCGUUGUUCAUGAGCACAUCCCAAGCCCUGCUAAGAAAGUGCCAAGAAUCCCUGCAACAACAGAAUCUGAAGGCGUUACUGUUGCCAUUUCCAAUGGGGAGCAUUAAGAUACCUCUGUGAGGUGGGGAAUGAAGCAAGGUGUGAGGGUAGGGUAACAGAGGGAGAGGAUUGCAGUAGUGCUCAAGUUUCAGUGCACAGUAGUACUUCAUUGGAGAAUGGAAAACUGUUAAAGCUCCUUGAAAAGCUUUGUCAUAAUAUGGUAUGCUGAUGUUUAUGGUAUUUUCAAGACACUAAAUUCAUGAAUAUACUGGGGAUGGAGGGACUUGCCAGGGGCUGUGUGGAUUCAUUAACAUGUCCAUUUUUAUUUUUCUUUUCAAUUGCUGAGUAGUAGCUGUAGUCCAUUACAAGGUGUUUGUACACAGAAAAAAUCUUUUGCUUGCUCUUUCCAUUCAAAAUGACUUGAAACCUACACUGUUAACUUCUACUGUUAACGUCUACUUCAAACCUCCACUAUUAACUUCUACUGUUAACUUCUACUUUUAACCUAUACUGUUAACUUCAAGUGUGUGGCAAGCUAGUCCAGGCUUAUCAUGUUUGGAUUCUCAGUGCCUUGACAGUAAGCUGUCUUCAGAAUACUGUGCUUCUCUUUCUCUAUACCACCCUCCUCUUUUCUGCCAGUCUGCAUCCCAUCACCCCAUUGCUUUGGGAAAUACAACCAAGUAGCACUCAUUGCUGAAGAAGAAUCUCUCUUCCCUGUCAGAAUGACUGGAUCAAGAAUGGCUAGACUGACAGGUGGUUUUCUUCCAAGAAACUUUGUGACCUGCUGUCUUAGUUACUGUGGGAUUCCUCUGAACACCCGUAAUGUGUAUUUUGUGCCAGCUUUAUAAAUCACAGCAGCGUGGGUGGAAAGAGAAAGAGGAGGGAUAGGGAUUUUUUUCUUCCAAAGA